AUGUGGCGCAUCAGCACGAACGACAUAGCACAGAGGAACUACCGCGACACCUUCAAAGUCGGCAGUCGGGUGACGUUCGCUGCCUAUACCAGCGUGUCGCUGUCCGACAGCACCGCCGAAAGCUUUGGCGACCGCAUCCUCUUUCAGUUCACCAACGUGCGCGGCGUCCGCAUUGCAGAGUUCUCCGCUAUCCCAUCAGAGCUCGAGCUCUGCCCGUGCUUGGAACGGGGUGAGGAGCUGCGCAAAGUUCCAUGGCGUUUUGAGUGUGGUACUGGAGUCAGUCGACUCUCCGAUGAAAGGUUAGAUAUUCUCGUCCCAUUCGCAACUAUCUGGGCUGGGAAUGCGAGUUGCCGCUUGACAGGCGGAUGUACAGUGUUUUUCACACCGUAG